AUGCGUGUUACCUCUGUCGUCAGUGGGCUUGAUCCGCUAGCGGGUGGCUUCGCAGGCUCCUGUCCUGAGGUCCUCGGCCCUGCGCCCGCUCGCCUGCACAAACUCCCGCCCUGUCCGCCCUCCCAGAGCCUCGGGACGUCGUCCGCCUCCGCCGUCGCCGCCUGCACGGCCGCUGCCGAGUCUUGCGCGAUCCCGACCCACCGGCCGCAGCUGCCUUCUCCGGACCGCCGAGUCCCUGGGCCGAGUGAGACGGGACGGACAUCGAAGGACAAGCGAGAUGUCUACUCCCGCCUGGCCAAGGAGAAUGGCUGGCGUGCCCGCAGUGCUUUCAAGCUACUACAGCUCGAUGAAGAAUUCCAGCUGUUCCAAGGUGUGAGGCGGGCCGUUGACCUGUGUGCAGCCCCAGGCAGCUGGAGCCAGGUGCUGAGCCAGAAGAUCGGGGGUGGGCAGGUAGUGGCUGUGGACCUGCAGGCCAUGGCCCCGCUGCCAGGUGUGUUACAGAUCCAGGGCGACAUCACCCAGCUGUCGACUGCCAGGGAGAUCAUCCAGCACUUCCAGGGCUGCCCUGCAGACCUAGUGCUGUGUGAUGGGGCUCCUGGUAUCACCGGCCUCCAUGAUGUGGAUGAGUACAUGCAGGCCCAGCUCCUCCUAGCUGCUCUGAAUAUUGCUACACAUGUUUUGAAACCAGGGGGCUGCUUUGUGGCUAAGAUAUUCCGGGGCCGUGAUGUAACACUGCUCUACAGUCAGCUGCGGGUAUUCUUCUCCAGGGUGGUGUGUGCCAAGCCCAGGAGCAGCCGUAACGCCAGUAUUGAAGCCUUCGCUGUCUGUCAGGCUUAUGACCCUCCUGAAGGCUUCAUAGCAGAUCUGACCAAACCCCUACUGGACCACACUUAUGACCCAGAUUUCAACCAGCUCGAAGGACCCACCAGGAUCACUGUGCCAUUUGUGACCUGUGGGGACCCAAGUGUCUAUAAUUCUGACGACAGUUACCCUUCAGAUCUGGAGGAGGACUCAGAAUACCAGUAUGUGCCGCCCACACAGCCUCACAUUUCUCCACCUCACCGAGAGGCCUGCACACUGAAUAAGGGGGAGCCGGCCAAGGAGAUUCGCCUCCAGGAGACCCCUAUCAGUAUAGUGGACAUGUGGUCCCAACCCCUGGCUGGCUCACCAGACGUGGAAGACAGUGAGUGA